AUGGAAGAGUGGCUGAAACCGAAUCUGAAAGACUUGACGUACUUGAACGUGUCUGUCGGACAGCGCUUCAAGCAGGGAAGAUACGUUAUCGUUCGAAAACUAGGAUGGGGAUCCUUUGGUACCGUAUGGUUGGCGCGAGAUCGAAAAGAAGACAACUACGUAGCAUUGAAAAUCCUGACGUCUGAAGCGACCGGGAUGUGCAAGAUAGGCUCUAGUGAUGAACUGGUUUAUGCGCAACAGAUUGUGGAUUGGGGACCACCCGAAGACUGUUCGCCACCAUGGAAACGCCACAUCGGUCGCUGUUUGGAAGUCUUUGAGCAUUCUACCGAGGCGCAGGUCACUCACGCGUGUAUCGCGAUGGAGCCUUUAGCAUGGGAUUUGUUCGAACUGUCGACGCGGAGUAUCUCCUCUUGGCAUCUGCCUCUCAAAAUUUGCAAGAACGUCGUUCGACAGCUACUUGUCACUCUGGAUGGGAUCCAUCGGGACAUGGGGGUCAUUUUGGUCGACCUCAAACCCAACAACAUCCUCAUUCGCCCUCAAGAGGUCCUCCCGAUCAUCCUCGACGAACUUAUCAGCGAGCCUCCCGAAGUUCGCAUAGAAAAUCCGGAAAGAUAUCCGGUCGGUUUGGUCCGAUACGACUCCCUUCCUUUGCCGCCGACGAGGGGCGCAAGUGAGUACAACCUCGCCGACCCACUCGAAAUCGUCAUCGUGGACUUUGGUCGAGCUCGGAAGCCAAACCAGAUCUUCCCGGAGGAUAUCCCACAUUUGGCCUACCGUGCACCGGAGGUGUAUCUCGGUUAUCCGUGCGAUACAUCAUUGGACAUUUGGGCAUUCGCCUGUGUGACUUUCUGGUUGGUUACCGGGUUCCAUGCGUUUGACUGGCGUUUCGGCGGUUGGGAAGACUCCGAGACGGGUCUCGAGUGGGGCCUCGGCGACAUACAGCUCGGAUGCAUGGCCGACAAGUUCGAACGGAAGAUUCCGAUUGAAAUGAGGGAGAAAAGUCAGUACUGGGACAAGUAUCUAAAUGAGGAGGGAAACUUCUUGCAUUACAACGUCGGGAGUGAAGAGCGAAAUUUGAAAGAGGAGAUGAUCUUUAACAAUAACUUGGAGGGCCUUCCCGAGAUUCCCACUGAGGAGAUUGAAGGGUGGCACAAGUUCCUGUUGAGAUGCUUCCAAUUCCAACCGGAAGCGCGUCCUACAGCGGCCGAACUGCUUCAGGAUCCCUGGCUGACCGAAGACUGAGCGGGACGGGCUCGCGCGGCG